GGUUGUGGGGGUGGGGUGGAGAAGCCCCCUCUGUGGGUCUUUUCGCGCUACGGGGUCGGCUUGGUGUGGUGUGUGGAGGAGGCCCAGGCCAGACGGCGCGGAGUGGGACGAGUGGUAGGGGAGAGCGCGAGCGCCUCAUACUUGACUGAUAGCUUGAGCACAGAGGUGAACGGGAUGCUGGAGGAGAGAGGGACUGAGAAAUUGAUACCUGACAGGGUACAGCUUCUGAACCCGCCGACUUCCCCUCGAUUCAUUCUUGCCCUUUUGGUCUCACAUCUAAACCAUGGCUACAGAUUGGCUGGGCAGUAUUGUGUCCAUCAAUUGUGGAGAUAGCUUGGGCGUCUAUCAAGGAAGAGUGUCAGCAGUGGAUCAGGUCAGCCAGACCAUUUCUCUCACCCGGCCUUUCCACAAUGGAGUGAAGUGUCUUGUGCCAGAAGUCACCUUCAGGGCAGGUGAUAUAACAGAAUUAAAGAUUCUGGAAAUACCAGGUCCUGGAGAUAACCAACAUUUUGGAGACCUUCAUCAGACAGAAUUAGGCCCCUCUGGUGUUGGGUACCAAGUGGGUAUCAAUCAGAAUGGCACAGGCAAGUUGGUCAAGAAGCCAGUCCAUUCCAGCAGUGCUCCUCAGAACAUCCCUAAGAGGACAGAUAUGAAGAACCAAGAAGUUACCAUUUCUCCCCAGCAGCAGCAGUGCUCAAAGAGCUAUGUGGAUAGGCACAUGGAAUCCCUGAGUCAGUCCAAAAGUUUCCGUCGGAGGCACAACUCCUGGUCAUCGAGUAGCAGGCACCCAAAUCAGGCAACUCCAAAGAAAAGUGGUUUGAAGAAUGGCCAAAUGAAGAAUAAAGAUGAUGAGUGUUUUGGGGAUGAUAUUGAGGAGAUCCCAGACACAGAUUUUGAUUUUGAAGGGAACCUGGCCCUUUUUGACAAGGCGGCUGUGUUUGAGGAGAUCGAUACCUAUGAAAGGAGAAGUGGUACUCGUUCCCGGGGCAUCCCAAAUGAAAGGCCUACUCGGUAUCGCCAUGAUGAGAACAUCCUGGAGUCGGAGCCCAUUGUUUACCGUCGGAUCACAGUACCCCACAAUGUGAGCAAGGAAUUCUGCACAGACUCUGGCCUGGUGGUCCCAAGUGUUUCCUAUGAACUGCAUAAAAAGCUGUUAUCUGUAGCUGAGAAGCAUGGGCUGACCUUGGAGCGGAGACUGGAGAUGACAGGUGUAUGUGCCAGUCAGAUGGCGCUGACCCUUCUUGGAGGACCUAAUAGGUUGAAUCCUAAGAAUGUUCACCAGAGGCCCACAGUGGCUUUGCUGUGUGGGCCCCAUGUGAAGGGGGCUCAGGGUAUUAGUUGCGGAAGGCACCUAGCCAAUCACGAUGUGCAGGUCAUCCUCUUCUUGCCCAAUUUUGUCAAGAUGCUGGAGUCCAUCACCAAUGAGCUGUCUCUUUUCAGCAAGACCCAGGGUCAGCAAGUGUCUAGCCUCAAAGAUCUGCCCACUAGCCCUGUGGACCUGGUCAUCAACUGCUUGGAUUGCCCAGAGAAUGCCUUCCUGCGGGAUCAGCCCUGGUACAAAGCAGCCGUGGCCUGGGCCAACCAGAACCGGGCACCAGUACUCAGCAUAGACCCUCCUGUGCAUGAAGUUGAACAGGGCAUCGAUGCCAAAUGGUCACUGGCACUGGGCCUGCCUCUGCCACUGGGGGAGCACGCAGGCCGGGUCUAUUUGUGUGACAUUGGCAUUCCCCAGCAGGUCUUCCAGGAGGUGGGCAUCAACUACCAUUCACCCUUUGGCUGCAAGUUUGUCAUCCCCCUGCACUCUGCCUAGAGGGGCCCUGGGCAGGCUGGACCCUGCAGUCCCUUGCUCCUGCCAACAAACGUGACGACGAACGCCUUAAGGAUGUGAAGUUUCAUGGACCUUGUUAAGUUUUUCUUUUGAGGUUUGUUUCCUCUGUAAAAGAACAGAACAUACUUAAACCUGA